UGUGGGUGGCAGAGGAACAGGAACAGUGUCUUGUAUUUGACCGAGGUGUUCGGUGAUCGGAAGUGUUCGGCGGAGACUUUGACUUGCCUAUUCGGGAGUGCCAGGAGAGGCUUUAUAAAUUUUCGUCGGAGUGCUGCAAGUGCUACAGGACAAUAUGACUAUUAGACCUAUAUUCUCGGGAUAUCCCUUCCAGGCUGGUGGUGUUUGCACAGGCCAGGGCCGCGUGAACCAGCUGGGCGGCGUGUUCAUCAACGGGCGGCCGCUGCCCAACCACAUCCGCCUCAAGAUCGUGGAGAUGGCGGCGGCGGGCGUGCGCCCCUGCGUGAUCUCGCGGCAGCUCCGCGUGUCCCACGGCUGCGUCUCCAAGAUCCUCAACCGGUACCAGGAGACCGGCUCCAUCCGGCCCGGCGUCAUCGGCGGGUCCAAGCCUAAGGAGGGAAUCGUGGACAAGAUGUCAGCGCCCUCCGUCAGCUCCAUCAGCCGCAUCCUGCGUGGCGGAAGGAGAGACGACGACCCCAGGAAGGACCACAGCAUCGACGGCAUCCUCGGCGGCGCCGGCUCGGACGAGAGCGACACGGAGAGCGAGCCCGGGAUUCCGCUCAAGAGGAAGCAGAGGCGCUCCCGCACCACCUUCACCGCCGAGCAGCUCGAGGUCCUUGAGAGAUCCUUCGAGAAGACUCAGUACCCGGACGUCUACACGAGGGAGGAGGUGGCCCAGAAGGCCAAGCUGACCGAAGCCCGCGUCCAGGUGUGGUUCAGCAAUCGCAGAGCGCGCCUGCGCAAGCACCUCAGCAGCCAGCAGCUGGCCGGCCUGUCGUCCUCCUCCAUGCCCACGCCCGCCGCCGUGCCCACCGCCACGGCCGCCGCCGCCGCCUCCACCUACAUGAACCAGUACGCGCCGCCCGCGGCCGCGGACCACACUGCAGUCGCUGCUGCUGCCUAUCACUCGAGCAGCGCCUGGCAGAACACGACCGGCUACGACUACCCCGGCGCCGCCGCCUUCACCGCCGAGAACUCCCACGCCCUCAUGUCGUCUCCCAUGGCUGCCAUGACGUACCCUGUGACUUCCUCCAUGCCCUCCACCAUGGGCGCUGCCAUGACACCCGCCAUGAACACGACCAUGACGGCCACCACCACGCCGGGCACCAACGAGGCGGUCAGCUGGCCCGUCCAGACCAAGAGCAUGCCCUCGCCGCCCAUGGCCGGCUGGAACACUGGCUUCUCCACGCUGGGCACCGCCGACCAGCUGGGCAUGAGCGGGCUCUUGGGUACGCAGGGGUACAACAUGGGCCAUGCCAUGGCCGCCCCCGCUCCGCCCAUGGCAGAGAAGAGUCACAUGCCGCCCACGACCGCCGCCUACCCCACCUACUUCCCGCAGUUCACCGACCCGUCCAGCCUGAUGUGCGGCCGCGUCCACUAGUCGUCCUCGGCCGCAGCGCUGCGUCCAGCGAGGCCUCGGGCUUCCUGGUGACCUCCUGGCGAGGUUGACCUCAUCUGCUGCCUCACGUUGAUCCGCAUCCAGUCGAGGAAACUGAAGGAAAGAGAGAAACCAAGGAAAAGGAAAUUACCCAUGCGUUCACAAACUCAAUAAUAACAAAAAUCUAUAGUAUUUACUUCCUCUUAAAAUGAUUUUACACACAUAUUUGAUGAGGAGUAACUCUUAGUACAUAUCUGUUAGCUCUCCGAUAUAGUUAUUACCACACCAGUAUAUUAUCAAUAGAUCACACUAGAUAGUGAUAUCACGUUAUCACAUAGCCUUAAAGACUCAUGGAUGUUUUUCCAACCUCACCGAAGAAGCCUUGAAGUGCACAAACCUCAUUUCAACAGUGCCUAGUAGAGAUAGGAUGAGAGAACGACCCCCCUUUAGCCAAAGUUAACAUUUAGUGUAAUUUUUAAUGUAUAUUUAGUCAGGAGUGCUGCCCCUAGUACUUUUUUGGAAACCCCUAACACAUGUAAAUACCGCCUUAAGUUUUAUAUAUACACAUACAACAAGGGAAGGGGA